UUCGUUUCCCAUCAAACCUUUUAUUCUCUCUCUAAAAUUACCAAGUCUCUCUCCCUCCAAAAACACUGCUCUCUCUCUCUCUUGAACAAAAUGACUUCCUCUCUCUAAAAGCACUAUUUCGCUCUAUCUCUGUCCUUUAUUUCUUCUCUCUUUUGUGAUUUAUCCCCUCUCUAAAAUAGAAUCCGACUUUCUCUCUCCAAGAACGUUGCUCCCUCUCUCUCUAUUUGUCUAUUUUUUUAGAUCUCCCUCUCCCCUCUCUCUCUCAUGGAAGUCGAGAUUUUCUCUCUCUAAAACAUAACUCUCACUUUUCGUUCUUUCUUUCUAUAGCUUUUGAUCUAUCCCUCUGUGAUUGAUUUCUCCGUCCCGGGCGAAUUCCUGCUUCUCCGGCUUUUUUUUCCGGCAAAAAUUUACGGAACAACGAUAAAACCGGUGGGUUUUAGUGGGAAGAAAAAGCGGAAAAUUCUUAUAAAAUUGCCGGUGUAGCUUUGAGAUCUAUAGGGAAACGGCAUGAAAACCUUUUCAGUUAUUCAGAGAAGCUUCUGUGAAUUUUUUCCGGCAAUUUUGGCUGGAUUACGGUAAAGAUCAGCCGGAUUAUUGUCUAGGAAGGCCUUUGUUGGAGAUCGACUUCAGAGCGCAUAAAGACCCUGUUUCUCGAAUUUGUUGGCUUAUCAGCGUGAGAAGUCCUUGAAAUAUCGCUUAAAAGGAUCUAGUUAAUUUGGACCUCAUGAAGGACCUUGAAAUUUAGAUUCAAGAGUCAAGAAAAGGUCAAAUCAAAGAAGGAAAAAAGGAAAAAUAAAAUAAAAAUUCAGACGAGUAAAGAGAUGGCGCCUGCAAGCAAAGCUGAUAGGAAGGCGGCUUUAGAUGUGGCUUCAUGGAUGUUCAAUGUUGUUACUUCAGUUGGAAUAAUUAUAGUCAAUAAGGCGUUAAUGGCAACUUAUGGCUUCAGCUUUGCUACAACAUUAACUGGUCUGCAUUUCGCAACAACGACACUUAUGACUCUGGUUCUUCGGUGGAUGGGCUAUAUCCAAUCCACUCACCUCCCUCUAUCAGAGCUGCUAAAAUUUGUUCUUUUUGCAAACUUCUCCAUUGUCGGAAUGAAUAUCAGCCUAAUGUGGAACUCCGUGGGGUUUUAUCAGAUUGCAAAGUUAAGUAUGAUACCAGUUUCUUGCUUGCUUGAAGUCUUCUUGGAUAAAAUUAGAUACUCAAGAGAUACCAAGCUAAGCAUAUUGGUUGUGCUUGUGGGCGUUGGAGUUUGUACUGUCACUGAUGUCAGUGUGAAUACCAAAGGAUUAAUUGCCGCAGUGAUUGCAGUUUGGAGCACUUCUCUGCAGCAAUAUUAUGUGCACUUCCUGCAACGAAAGUACUCAAUGGGCUCCUUCAACCUUUUGGGGCACACUGCUCCAGUUCAGGCUGCUACUCUACUGGUCUUAGGACCCUUUUUCGACUACUGGUUGACAAACAAGAGAGUUGACACCUUCAAUUUCAAUGUUGCAUCAGUGUUUUUCAUCAGUUUGUCAUGCACAAUCGCGGUUGGUACAAACCUAAGCCAAUUCAUUUGCAUCGGGAGGUUCACGGCUGUUUCAUUCCAAGUGCUCGGCCAUAUGAAAACCAUUCUUGUUCUCAUAUUGGGCUUCUUUAUCUUCGGGAAAGAGGGCCUCAAUCUCCAUGUGGUUCUCGGCAUGGUCUUAGCAGUAAUGGGAAUGAUAUGGUAUGGAAAUGCGUCAUCAAAGCCUGGAGGCAAAGAACGAAGGAGUUAUUCGCUCCCAACCUCACAAAAGCAUGGGUCUCUCUCUGAUUCUAGCGAGGCUGAUGACAAGAUCUAAUUUGGAGGUUCUCUCUCACGUUUUCGUGAUUUUUAUUGUUGAAGAAAAAGAAAAUCAAAAUUCUUUCCUCUUUUUUUUUUGGUUUUUUUGUGGGAGGCAUGAGAUCACGUCAGCUCUACACCAGUUUAGCUCUCUCUCUCUCUCUCUCUUCAAAUUUCUUGAGGGGGAGUGCAGAUUCAUGGAUUCAUAGUCCUGAAAUAGUGUCUCAGUUUAUUCGUGCUUCAUUCUUAAAGGUAAUUUAUUUUCCCCUUCUUGGUGCAUUUCUUGUGGAAAUGAGGGGGCUGGGGGGUACUAUCUGAUGAUCAUAGCAUAUAUUCUUGUAGACAUUGUUAUUAGCCUUGCAGUUUUCAUUAGAUGCAAGCUUUACUUUAUUUACCA